CACGUUCCGCGUUUCCUCCUCUGCCCCCGGAUAAAAACCCGGCGGGACCGGACGGGACCAGACGCGCCCGCGGCCGCGUCGCAGCUCGCCCGCCGCCGCCCCUCCCCCGCUCCCACCAUGAAGAUCCUCGGGCUGAUGCUCCUGGCGCUGGUACCCGCAGCCUCCCGCUCCGUGCUGUGGGUGAUCGAGGGGACAUCAUGCGAGCUGCCCUGGCAAGCCGCCCUCUUCCAAGGGGACAAGUUCAUCUGCGGUGGGACACUGGUGGCCCGCAACUGGGUGCUGACAGCCGCCCACUGCCACAUCCCGGGCGUCCUGAGUGUGCGGCUGGGCGGGCAGCGCCGGGCGGACGGGGGCGCCACGGAGCAGUGGCGGCGCUCGGCCAAGGUGGUCACCUACCCACGCUACAACACGGCCACCAAGGACGGCGACCUGAUGCUGGUCAAGCUCCUCCUGCCCGUCCGUGUCACCAAGCGCGUGGAGCCGUUGCCGUUGGCCACCGAGUGCCCCGCGCCCGGCAGCGUGUGCCAGAUCUCGGGCUGGGGAUCCACCACCAGCCCCGAAGUCAACUUCCCCGAGGACCUUCACUGCGCCAAGGUCACCGUGGUCCCCGAGGAGCAGUGCCGGCGCAUCUACCCCGGCUCCAUCACACCCAACAUGGUGUGCGCCGGUGAGUCCCGCAACCGCGCCGACUCCUGCCAGGGGGACUCCGGGGGACCCCUCAUGUGCGACGGGCGGCUCCAGGGCAUCGUGUCCUGGGGUCCGGGAGUUUGCGGGGACCCCAAGAAACCCGGCGUCUACGUCAACCUCUGCAAGUACACCCAGUGGAUCCAGGACACCAUGAGACGGAACUGACGCCCCUGUCCCCACCCCUAUGGCCGUGGGACAGGACCCCCAGCUCCUCCCCUUCCUCCUCCUCCUCCUCAACCCCCAUGAAGGUCCCCAGAGCCGGCCGGUCCGAGCGCUGGGGCGGGGAUGGGACUUGGCCAUGGGGCCCCGUUGAGAUGUUGGUGAAUAAAAGGUGGCUUUUCA